UUUUGUGUCAGUAGCCUCGAUAUAAAACCAUUUACCUUACUCACUCAAUUGACAACUUUAUGCUGUAAUCAUGAGGGGACUCAGUGUUACCCUUACUCUCCUUCCUCUGAUCCUUCACGUUUGUGGAGCAUGUCCUGAUGGUUGGCACUCGUUUCACUCUGGGGGCCAGUGCUUCAAGGUGUUCCAUGAGAGCUUUAUAAGCUGGAAAGAUGCUCAAAACAGAUGUCAAACAGCUGGUAGCGUCCUGGCACAAGUACCGGACCACAGUACACAUACCCACCUCAUCGACCUAAUAAAUCAAAUAUCAUCGGAUCACAAUUCUGAUUUUUUCCUGAUCGGUGCUAAUAACUGGGUAGGCAGCUGGACAUGGACUUAUUUCGAUAGUCCCCUAACUUUUAGUCAUAGUUAUUGGCUGUCGGGUCAGCCAGACAACUACUGUCGUCCCGGUCAGACGUGGUGUGAAGGUCAACAUUGUUUAGCGUAUACCCACAAACAGAGUGACCACUGGGGCUGGGACGACAUCAAUUGCAGUCAUCAUGGCUAUGAUUAUUACAUUUGUGAAAAGAGUGCUGACGGUGGACCGCUUGUCGGAUAAAAGACUUUUCUCUCGCAGUGACGAAGCAGAAAUCCAUACAUUCAAUUAAAUAUGUAUAUUAUUUGAAUAAAAUGUUAUUAAUAAUG